AUGUUGAUGGAUGACAAGAAGACCCUUGCCUCCUGUGCUUUGGUUAAUCGCACUUUCAACCUUCACACCAUUCCCAUCUUAUAUCGUUCGGUCUCCCUCACUACUCCUCUCACCUUCACCCGAUUUGCCAAUGCGACUUAUUGCGUCACCGAACGCUCUUCCCGGAUUCGUCAUUUGGAUCUUUCCGGUUUCUCCACUUGCGGUCUCCAGAAGAGUUCAGCCACCACUCAAAAUGUUGUUACCCCCGAAAUCCUUGUCAACAUCUUGAUGGCGACUCCCGGACUGGAGGCUUUCUCGGUGUCGGAGACUUUGGAAUCGGCCAUCACCGUGGAGGUGUUGAAGACCCUCUUGUUCAACUGCAGGAAAAUUAAAGCUUUGGAUUUCUGUGGAUGUUCUGGAAAGCAAUUUGGUAUCGCAAUGUCCGAGCUCGCUGAAUUCAUGGGUCGCGUAAAGAUCAGUCUGCAAUUCGAUGAGGACGGCGACGACGGGGAAGAGGUCAGGUACUCCUUCCAAAAGAUAGCUCAACCGGUUUUACCCCAGCUGCAACGCCUCUCCUUACACGAAUGCCCGGUGAUCUCGGAACACACCGCAAUUAUCACAAUGCUCGCUCACGCUCCAAAUCUCACUCACCUGGAUUUGGGUGGUUGUUCGGUUAGCGAUAUGACCCUUAAAUUCCUAACCACCGAGACCAAUGUCAAGCACACAUUGAAGCAUCUACUGCUGGCCAAGUGCAAAAACAUUUCCUCUGAAGCGAUAUCAAAUUUCGUAUCUCAAUGCCAUCAGUUGGAAACCCUUAAUAUCUAUGGCGAGAGGGACAUCGUCACCGCCAUCGGUGAAUACGAUCUUAUCACCAUACUCAACUCCCCGUGUGCGAAACGAUUGCAAACCCUCGACAUCGGUUCUUCCCAAGUGACCCCGCGCGUCUUGCUCGCGAUUCAACAAAAUUGUUCGACUUCCCUUCGAAACCUUGGAAUUUCAAAAGCUCAGAUCACCUCGAUAUCUCACCUGAGCGAUUUCCUAAUGACGAUGACCCAUUUGCGAUACAUCGAUCUCACCUCCAUCCCUUGCUUCAACGCUUUCAACACUUACGGGUUCAUCACCAAUCUAGGCAAGGAACACCAAUUACACACUAUCGAGAUGAGCGAAUCAUUGCUAAAAAAGCUGACGACUGCGAAUGAUUGGAAGAUUGACGAAAACUACGGUAGAAGACGGUACUAUUUCAGGUCGACGCACGAGCCCCGACCGGACCAUGUGCACUCAAGAAAAUUGGAUGUCACUGAUUGUGGCCCAGAACGGAUGAGCAAGAUCUUUCAAUAUUACAGUUUUGGAAAGUAA